UCUAGAAUCGGGUCAAACCAGGAGCUCCGACAGGUUUGCAGCCAUGGAUCUACCUGGCUGAAGGGUUCAGGUUCAGGAAAAGAGACGAAGAUUUUGAGCGCGGAACCAUUGCCAUUGCCAUGUCCAUGGCUUUCAACCAUCUUCGAAACCUCAAUCGCAUCCACCGCAUUCUCCACCAUCGUUUUCAGCCUCUCCUUAACGCUACUACUAGGUUCUUCAUCGAUGCUGCUGCUUCUUCAAUGCCUCAACCGCAGCCCAAACAACAACCCUCGGCCCCAUCAUCAUCCUUGAAGCACAAUGAGCUCGCCAAGUUCGCCGCCAUCGCCGAUACCUGGUGGGAUUCUGAAGGCCCCUUUAAGCCAUUGCAUGUGAUGAAUCCAACUAGACUUGCUUUCAUCCGUUCUGCACUUUGUCGGCAUUUCAAGAAGGACCCUUAUAGUGCUAAACCCCUUGAAGGACUUAAAAUUGUUGAUGUAGGUUGUGGAGGUGGAAUUCUUUCUGAGCCACUAGCUCGAUUGGGAGCUACUGUGACGGGUGUUGAUGCUGUAGAGAAGAAUAUCAAGAUUGCUCAACUUCAUGCUGGUUUAGAUCCAGCAACUUCAUCUAUUGAGUUCUGUUGCACGACAGCUGAGAAGCUAGUUGAAGAAGGAAGAACAUUCGACGCAGUUAUGGCCUUGGAGGUGAUUGAACACGUGGCAGAUCCUGCAGAGUUCUGCAAAUCUCUGUCAGCACUAACAGUUCCAGAUGGAGCCACUGUGAUAUCCACAAUCAAUCGAUCCAUGAGAGCCUACACAACUGCCAUUGUUGCUGCAGAAUACAUUCUUCGCUGGCUUCCGAGAGGCACACAUCAAUGGUCCAGUUUUCUCACUCCAGAGGAACUCGUCCUCAUCCUCCAACGUGCUGGUAUCAAUGUGGAGGAGAUGGCCGGAUUCGUGUAUAACCCAGUGACAGGAGGGUGGUCUUUAUCAGACGAUAUCAGCGUAAAUUUCAUCGCGUUUGGUACCAAAUAAAACAACACCGAAUAUCAUAGAUAGAUAAAUAGAUAAGAUCCGUGUUACUGUUAUUACUAUAAUUAUUAUUAGUAUUGAAUAUUGAAAUUUGUUUUGAAUGCUGAAUAAUAAACAUUGAAGUUAUAACAGAAAGAAAUAAAGGUUAAGUGUGGAAUCAGGGAGAGGAGGGGCAAAGUUUCCCGAGAGUGAUAGAGCUGCGUUUGGAUUGAGUCAAUGGUUGACUGUGCCAUAUCUGAAACUCCGGUGUGCAAUUAAUCUGGUGUUUCCAAUGGUAGGGUGCUUUUCCGGACAAGAGAAUCAAGGAACCAGGGGUGAGCAAAAUGGGAACGGAAAGGGAAGUGGAGAGGGUAGUGAAGUGCCUGACGCAGUCAUAUUCAAAGGAGAGGAUGGCAAUGCCGUUGUCGAAGCAGAGAAGGUCUAAGAAUACAUUACUUGCAUUUAUAUCCCUAUUGUAUGAUUUUUAUUCUGGACUCUUAAUGAAGAUAAGCCAAAGCUUUAGCUAUGCCAAGACAAAUUUUCGUCCUUGUUGGCCAGUCUAGUUUUGUUUUGUUUGGAUCCCUCCC